GCCCUCGUCGGCUUCCUUCGCUCUGCCCCUCGGUGCGGAAGUGUUGUCUUCCAGAGGUUCCACUGUUUGGAUAACACAAACGCUAGUCUCAGUUGCAGUUUUCUGGCGUUCACGUUUCUCCAGGCGGGACUUGUCAGCGCCCCACUUGACCGCGAAGCGUAGCAGUAUUAUGUGAGCGCCGUUCAGAGGGGUGGGGGAGCACCGUUUGAACUGAGUUUCAUUGAGUCAUCUAUAUGGGCCAUCUUCUCUCGAAAAAUGGUUACCGCCUGAAGAAGAGGACGCGCAAGCUGCAUCACAGGAAGAAGAAGAAGAGGAACUGCUUCCUGCAGGGGCCGUGCAUGCUGUGCUUCAUCGUCCACGGCAACAGCAGCGGCCUUGACGACGACAGCGACCAAUUGGAGACCGGUGUCAACAGCAGCGGACGUUGUCAUAACAACAGCACCACUGGAAUCAGUGUUUCUGGCGUGGGGGGAGUUGGCAUUGGAGCAGCAGCUGCCUCAAAGCUCGCCGGGCGAUACGCAGCGCUCGCAUCUCCUGAGGAGUGCUCCAAGUUCCUGCUGUCACCACGAGAGCUGGCUAUCUGGGAGGGCCAGGGGAGGAGCCUGUUGUCAGCUGUUCCUGCCAAACUGAUCCCACCGCCGGCACUGUUUAGAACUGCUGGGGUGUCUGUGACUGUGCCCAUACCUGUGCCUGUGCCUGGCUGCACCAGCGACUACACUGAGAUGGUGUGUAAGAGGAAGUGUUCAGAGGUGCAGAGGUGCACCCCCUGUAAGCAGCCACGCUGUGCCUUCGCUGCCCCCGAGGGAGGCCUGGAGAAUGGAGGAGUGGGUGGAGGAGGGGGAGAGGCCUCUGCUAACACCGAAACAGGCCACUGCCACCUGCCCAUCUGCCCGCUCCCCUCCUCGUCUUCUUCUUCUUCCUCCUCUUCCUCCUCCUGCUCGCCCGCCGAUGGCUGUUGUGGGUUGGGUCUCCAUGGCGAUUCACCCCAGAGUUCAGGCUCAUCCCCCUGCUGCCUGCAUCACCAUGACGACGGCCAGGGGAGGGGCUCUGAUGCUGGCGAUAUCUUAAGUAUCAACCAUCUGCCUUCCUCAAUCCUUCUCAAGGUGCUCUCCCACUUGACAGUGAAGGAGCGCUGUCUGUGUGCCUCUCUGGUGUGUAAGUACUGGAGGGACCUCUGCUUAGACUUCCAGUUCUGGAAACAAAUCGACCUCAGUGGCCUGCAACAAGUAAACGACGAUCUCCUGGUGAAAAUAGCGUCUCGGAGGCAGAAUGUGACAGAGAUAAACAUCUCAGACUGCCGGGGGGUCCAGGACCACGGGGUUUGCUCCCUGGCGUCACAUUGUCCAGGCUUGCAGAAAUACACAGCGUACCGCUGCAAGCAGCUUGGUGACUUGUCCUUGUGUGCCCUGGCUACACACUGCCCCCUGCUGGUGAAGGUGCAUGUUGGCAACCAGGACAAACUGACGGAUGAGGCUUUGAAAAAGCUGGGAGAGCACUGCAGUGAGCUGAAGGACGUUCACUUGGGUCAGUGCUACAGCAUCACUGAUGAGGGCAUGGUGGCCCUGGCCAGAGGAUGCCCCAAACUGCAGAGACUCUACAUGCAAGAGAACAAACUGGUGACUGAUCGGUCAGUGCGAGCAGUUGCAGAGCAUUGUCCUGAGUUGCAGUUUGUUGGCUUCAUGGGAUGCCCUGUCACUUCCCAGGGGGUCAUCCAUCUUACUGGGCUCCGUAACCUGAGUAUCCUGGAUCUGCGGCACAUCUCUGAGUUGAACAAUGAGACAGUGAUGGAGGUGGUGAGGAAAUGUCGCAACCUCAGCUCCCUCAACCUCUGCCUCAACUGGAGCAUCAACGACAGGUGUGUGGAGAUAAUUGCCAAGGAGGGAAGGAGUCUAAAGGAGCUCUAUCUUGUAUCUUGUAAAAUCACAGACCACGCUCUGAUAGCCAUAGGCCAGUACAGUAGCACCAUAGAGACAGUGGAUGCCGGCUGGUGUAAGGACAUCACAGACCAGGGAGCCACACAGAUUGCUCAGAGCAGCAAGUCCCUCCGCUACCUGGGCCUCAUGAGAUGUGACAAGGUGAACGAGGAGACGGUGGAGAGGCUGGUGGUGCAGUAUCCCCACAUAGUAUUCAGCACAGUGAUGCAGGACUGCAAGAGAACCCUGGAGAGAGCUUAUCAGCUGGGCUGGAGCCCCAACACAUCGAACACCUCGUAGCUACUGCCGGAUCACACACACACACACACACACACACACACAGAUGCACACGUACACACACACAUACACACACACACUAACACGCAUACACACAGAGAGACAGGGGUGCACACAGACCCACUCACACAAUAUUUGCAGCCCAAUCAUGACACUCACAUGCAUGUAAACAUACAUCUACACACACGCACACGCACACACACACCCACACAGCUCCUUCAACUGAUUUAUUUGAAAUCUGUCUCGUGGCGUUUACUGUCUCUUUUAGCGGACAUGUAGUCUAUUUUCAUUUUAAUAAUUUAGUUCAUAUGUGGGCCUUCUGUUAUUUUAGAUUUGAGUGAUAAUUCAUACAUUUAGCAUCACAGGGUGGUCACGGUCCCUACCCUGAAUGAAUUAAUCUUCAUCAUGAGAAGGCUGGGCUUUGUCUCAGAAUACACCCUACAACACCCACACAGCAUACUUGAUUUGACCAGAGCCUUGUAUGACUAGCCAACUUGUUUUGCUCCAAAAGCAGUGCACUAACGGGUGUUAUUUGAUAUCAACUGAGGGUGAGUGCUACUCAGCGAAUAGAGUAUUGGGCCUUAAACACUAAACCCCUCCAACAUCAUCUUGGAUGGGGUGGGCUGGGGGGUGGAGUUGCGUGGGACGGAGGGGUCAUCUGACCUAGAACCAGUGAGAAAGAGCCAAAUAAAAGCACCAUCACCUCACCGGCAUUCAGUGAUGGUGGGACCAGCACUGGGACCAGAUGAAACAAAACAACAAAAAAAAAGGUGUUGAUACCCCAAAAUGGAACUAUUGUUCUAGAGCACUGCUCCCAUGUCAGCCCACUGAAGUGUCUACGUCCUCCAAACUAAACUCAGCUGCUGCGGUGAGAUCGCACAAGACAGACAAAGCGGGCUGCAGAUCAGGAAACAACGUUUCUGUGACUCCAGCCUGGGAAACAACUAAGCCAACAGGUGUGCAAGACCUCACUUCAGGCAUUUUGACGAAUCUGCAAUGUUUCUUUUAUUGUGUUGGAGCAUUUUUUUUCCUCCUUUGGAUAUUCAGUACAGUGUUACAGACAUUUGUGGACUGAUAGAUAUUAUGUUGCGCAGAUCUGGGUGAGACGUGUUGACUCUAGGCUCCAUGUGAAGGACAGAGCUGUGAACUCAGACUUAAUAUGCACAUUAUCAUGGUACAGUAGAAAGAUUCAGGCUAGAAUUAGUCAAUCCCUUAAUAAAUGCAUUCGAGGAAAAUGGCAUUGUUUUCAUCCCCCUCAAAAAAGUGCAUGUUUACAUUAAGAUACUCACCUUUUUUCAGCAGGAGGGAUUGUCUGCACAUGAAAUUGAAAUCAGCAUUUGUAUGGCUUGGGAACAGUGCUAUUUUUUUGAUGCCUUGCAUGGAUUGAGGGUUGAUGAAGCAUCACCUUGAAUAUUUCAGAAGUAAACUAAACAGUGCUUGAAAUAGAAGUUGCCUUUACCUAAAGACCCUGGGUCAGAUUAUCAGAGUAUUAACCACAACCACCUUGAAGAUAGAGAAGAGAAAGUGAUGCCUUAUGUGGUUAGUAGAUAAUUGCCAUCCAGUCAACCAUACAAAAUGGACCCAGAUUUCACUUAAGAAUAGUUUAUCUGCUCUGAGUUAAUCAGAAUCCAUACUCACAUUAUUUGAUCCAUUAUAUAUAUAAAUAUAUAUAUAAAUACUGUGUGGGAUUUUACUUAGCCUAAUAUUGGUUUUGAGCAUAUACUUAUAACAUUAGUUAUGUAGCGAUGCAUUGAGGGAUUAUCUUUCUUAGUGAUGUAGGAUGUAAAAAAAAAAAAACUGGCUUGAGCAUAUAACAAGGGCCAGUAGGACAUGGUAGGUGAGAGCUUAUCAUUUUUCAUCUGUUCCAUAGGAACUGAGUAGUGUACAGUACAUUAUGCAAAUAACCAGGGUAUUUUUAUAUAGUGUGAACCAGCUCUGGGCUCAGCCAACACACAAACGGUCACACAGAUACAAACAGUAGUUUGCUGAUCUUAGGGUUUGAGUAGAACUGUAAUCUUUUACAGUACAUAGAGAUUUCAGACAAUUAAAAACAUAUUCCUUUUACCCUUGUCAGGAUUUGUAGGCUUCCCUGAUGGAGAGUUUCUCUCUCGCUGUUAUUUUUUUUCUCCUUUUUCUGUUCUUUUGUAAUCCCCCCAUGCACUUUCUUCUCUGCUUGAUGUUGACACACUUGAUCCCUGAUUUGUUAAGGCAACCGUAAAUGACUGGAUUUACAUAAAGAUGAAUAAAACACUACUACUUAAAGCGU